GGCUAAGUUCAACAGACGACCGUGGUGGCCCUGCACAAUCUGUCAUGAUCCAGUGCUCGACUGUCACUCAAAAAUGAAAGUUUCCAAUCGGAGACCAUAUCGAGAGUACUACGUAGAUGCCUUAGGAGACCCUUCUGAGAAAGCCUGGGUUGCAGGAAAAGCUAUUGUACUUUUUGAAGGCAGAUAUCAGUUUGAAGAGCUACCUGUCCUUCGGAGAAGAGGGAAGCAAAAAGAAAAAGGCUACAAGCACAAGGUUCCUCAGAGGUUUGUGGCGAAAUGGGAAGUCAGUGUUGGACAUGCGGAAGAAUUCCUUCUCAAGGAGACCGAGGAUCAAAAGUGUAGUCAGAAUCCCAGCAAGCUGAAGAGUGAGGCUGUGCUGUUGGAAUCCUGCACUAAUGGCCCUGGAAUGGAACCGGACAGGCAGCUGAACGGCUGUUUUAAAUCAUUGGCGUUUGACUCCAAACACUUAGCCAGGGAGAAGGGGAGGUCGUGCACUAAAUCACAAGCGAAAAAGAGCUCAGACAGCAGGAAAAGGACUAGAGUAAAAAAGAGCAGCACCAGACUGGAAGCAUCUAGGAGAGAAAUUGGAGGAAAGGCCCCAGAGAACAUCAUUAGAAACAGGGUUGCUGGGGACCUGCCGGAUAAACACGCAUCCCAUGAACUUUGCCGGAUAGCAAACAGCCUCACAGCCUCCAAUGGUGCCGUGGAAAACUACUUGCUCUCUUCUUUUGGAGAAAGACGUUUUGAAAAGACAACCUUGAAACAGGAGUAUCCGGCUCCUCAUGGUGACUCCCUACGGGACACACUGAAAGGGGAUUUGCUUUCUAGCAGCUCUACAGAGAAAGAGAAAAGCCCCGUAGGCAUUCUUUGCAGUUCCAAAUUACAGGUACACUAUUCGACAGCUGACACUUCUAUUGAGAAAAAGCAAACGGAGUCCGAUUCGCUGACUUCCUUCUCAGAUGAUGGGACUAGUGAUCUAGAUACAGGGGACCAAAGUUCUGAGGCAGCCUGCAGUGCCCUGGAGAUUAGUGACUCUGCAGAUAAAGAAGAAAAGGAAUUCUUUCCAGGGAUGAGGGGAAACAGUAAAUGUUCCAUGUAUCUCUCACAAAACAGCAACAGAAGAGCUAGGAAAAGGUCAUCUAGAGAUCACAGAACUCCAGCAGGCCCUAGAGGUGGCAGGAGUGAUGCUGAAUCUGUGGAUGGGGAGCUCCAAGGAGCAGUCUCGGACACUGAGAUGCCUGUUAUUGCUCUGGAGUGUACUUCAGCUAUGAGAAAUGACCAUCUUUCCCUUGCAGAUAAGCACCCUACACCCCAGAAUGUUUGCCGGGAGAGCUCCCACACUGGGAUUACAAAUCAACUGAAUCUACACCUGAAAAACAUCAAAGUGCCCCGGCUCAUAAGUAUAAGAAGCAAACACAAGGAGAGUGCUGCUGGGACAGAACCCCCUCUGCUAGAAGAGGAAUGUGGUGUGAAUUGCUGCUCUUCUGACACCAAAGGUUUCACUGGUCCACCUGCCAAGAGCGGGAAAGUUGAUAGUCAGGAACCAUUAAAUAAUGUGCAUGAGAGAGCCAGGGAUUCUGCUGAAAUAGAGACCGCCGUGGUGAAGCAUGUCCUCUCAGAGCUGAAGGAACUGUCCUUUAGGUCCCUUGGUGAUGAAGCUAGUGACUAUGGGGCACCUAAGACCACAGCACCCUUACUCUUCUCUUCUGCCUCUGGGCAGAGUCGUUUGCCCAUUGAGCCAGACUACAAAUUCAGCACCUUGCUAAUGAUGUUGAAAGAUAUGCAUGAUAGUAAGACAAAAGAGCAGCAGCUGAUGUCAGCUCAGAAUAUGGUCCCGUAUCGAAAUGCUGGCAUGAGCAGCUCCUCUGGAAGUAAUUCUGCAAGUGGCUUGAAGGGUUUGGGUACAAAAGGACCUGCUUAUAAAUUAGAAAAAAAUGGGGAUUGCGUUCUGGAAGCAACAUGUCAGAACCCCAGUGCGAGUGAAUCCUCUUUUUCGUGCAGCACUACAGCCAAGAUAACUGGGCGGAGUACUAACAAAAGGGAGCCCACAGAUCCUGCUCUUUCUGGUACGAAUGGCACAAACUGCAUCUCAAGACACAACUGUUCACAGUCUAAGCAGUCAUCCAAGCUAGUAGAUAAUGCAACAUCAGUCAGAAAGGAUUUAAAUCUAGAAGGGCUGAGCAAGCCUCUAAAUCAGGUCUCCAGUAAUAUAGCGGAGAAAGCAUCCCUCCCACGCAGGGAUAGGCAGGGAUUGGUUCCUAGUCUUGUUUAUAAUGAAAUAGAAGAAACUGCAAGGAAAGAGUCUCUUGAGUUAAUGGAGCACUCCACUGAUGAAGACUCUGCAUGUUCAUCUGAUGACAAUUUAGAUCAUAUCAGGAAGAGGCCUGAACCUGAUAAAAAUACUGAGAGUUGCACUUCUGCUGAAAAUGCAUAUUCAGAAAAGAAACGCCUUAGAAAGCCGAGCAAACGGCUUCUGGAAUAUGCAGAAGAAUAUGAUCAGAUAUUUGCACCUAAGAAAAAAUCAAAGAAGGGCCAGGAGCAAUUGCAAAGGGUGAGUUCCCGGGAGAGGUCUGAGUUCAAGGGAGAGGAAAGGCUUCCAGCACGAUGCAGUCGUGGAAGUGAUCUCCGGAAUGUGCAGCUGGAGCAGAACCCUCUGGUGUCAACUCCAUCUUCCUCUUCAACCAAAGAUGCUCCUCCAGUCCUUGAAGCAGAACAUUUGCUGUUAGAAGAGCCAGUAUCCCGUUCCUCUGAGCCCACUGACCUACUCAUAGAUGGACAUUCAGACUUGCCGGAGCUGAUGUUAUCUUCCCCUGAUGUGUCUGAAGUUUCUGCUUGUUCUCUGGAGGCAGAGGAACGUUUCCUGAAAUCAGGGAACUUGAAGAGGAAGCGUCAGAGGAAGCCAACUAAGAAGCUCUUGGAAUCCAAUGAUUUGGAUGCUGUGUUUAUGCCAAAGAAGGAGGGGUGGACUCCUCCAAAGAAGUGUUUUGAUGCUGGCCCUCUGGAGAGUGACCUUUCUGAAUUUUAUGCCACACCCCAGUUUUUGGAUCUCGGAGAAGCUCCUGACAGACACCCUGAGAAGCAGAGAAAGCGCAAGAGACAGCGAUGCUCCUCAGCCACAGCGCAUUACAAGAAAGGGAGGAGUGAAGAUGCACUGGGGGAAGCUCCCAGUUCUGAGGGGGAGAUACCUAUCCAUGGGAGUGCUGCAAGCCCCAAGGAGCUCAAUGAGGAUGGGUCUGAGAAUGACCAUGGAGUGCCUUCAUCCAAAAGGAUGCAGGGGGAGCGAGGAGGAGGAGCAGCCCUCAAGGAGAACGUUUGUCAGAUCUGUGAGAAGCCGGGGGAGUUGUUGCUGUGUGAAGCGCAGUGCUGUGGUGCUUUCCACCUGCGGUGCCUCGGGCUCUCAGAAAUGCCGAAGGGCAAGUUCAUCUGCAAUGAGUGUUCGACAGGCGUCCACACCUGCUUUGUGUGCAAGAGCAGCGGGGAGGACGUGAGGCGGUGCUUGCUCCCCUUGUGUGGGAAGUACUACCAUGAAGAGUGUGUGCAGAAGUACCCACCCACGGUCAUGCAGAACAAGGGCUUUCGAUGCUCACUGCACAUCUGUAUGACUUGUCAUGCCGCUAACCCAGCGAACCUUUCUGCGUCUAAAGGUCGCUUGAUGCGUUGUGUUCGGUGUCCAGUGGCAUACCACGCCAACGAUUUCUGUCUGGCUGCGGGGACAGUGAUCCUCGCCUCCAACAGCAUCAUCUGCCCCAAUCACUUCUCUCCACGGAGGGGCUGCCGAAACCAUGAGCACGUCAAUGUCAGCUGGUGCUUUGUCUGCUCAGAAGGGGGCAGCCUUUUGUGCUGUGAGUCAUGCCCAGCUGCUUUUCACCGCGAGUGUCUGAACAUCGAGAUGCCUGAGGGAAGCUGGUACUGUAACGACUGCAAAGCUGGCAAGAAACCACAUUACAAGGAGGUGGUCUGGGUAAAAGUUGGGCGCUACAGGUGGUGGCCAGCUGAGAUUUGCCAUCCUAGAACUAUUCCUGUAAAUAUCCAAAAGAUGAAACAUGACAUUGGCGAGUUUCCUGUGCUGUUUUUUGGGUCCAACGAUUACCUCUGGACGCACCAGGCUCGGGUGUUUCCCUACAUGGAAGGCGAUGUGAGCAGCAAGGACAAGAUGGGCAAGGGAGUGGAUGGCAUUUAUAAGAAAGCUCUGCAGGAAGCGGCUGUGAGGUUUGAAGAGCUGAAGGCACAGAAAGAACUGAGGCAGCUGCAGGAAGACAGAAAGAAUGAUAAGAAGCCUCCUCCUUACAAACAUAUCAAGGUAAACAGACCAGUGGGCAAGGUGCAAAUCUUCACAGCAGACCUGUCUGAGAUACCACGGUGCAACUGCAAACACAGCGAUGAAAACCCCUGUGGCCUGGACUCGGAGUGCAUCAAUCGCAUGCUGCUGUAUGAGUGCCAUCCCCUGGUCUGUCCAGCGGGGGAGCGCUGUCAGAACCAGUGCUUCUCCAAGAGGCAGUACCCAGAGGUAGAAAUCUUCCGCACGCUGGCACGAGGCUGGGGCUUGCAAGCCAAAAGGGACAUUAAAAAGGGUGAGUUUGUUAAUGAAUACGUAGGAGAGCUGAUUGAUGAGGAGGAGUGUCGGGCACGAAUCCGCUACGCACAGGAGCAUGAUAUUACCAACUUCUAUAUGCUGACUUUGGACAAGGAUCGAAUCAUCGAUGCCGGACCGAAGGGCAAUUACGCUCGAUUUAUGAACCAUUGCUGCCAGCCCAACUGUGAGACUCAGAAAUGGUCCGUGAAUGGCGAUACGCGGGUUGGGCUCUUUGCUCUUGUCAAUAUCAAAGCUGGGACUGAGCUGACUUUCAACUACAACCUGGAAUGUUUGGGGAAUGGAAAGACAGUUUGCAAAUGUGGUGCUCCGAAUUGCAGCGGGUUCCUAGGAGUACGGCCAAAGAAUCCCCCUAACCUUACAGAGGAGAAGUCCAAGAAGUUCAAAAGACGGCAGCAGGUAAAGCGCAGGUCACAGGCAGAGGUCAUGAAAGAGCGAGAGGAUGAGUGCUUCAGCUGUGGAGACGGAGGGCAGGUAGUUUCGUGUAAGAAGACAGGCUGCCCCAAAGUGUACCACGCAGACUGCCUCAACCUGACCAAACGGCCAGCAGGGAAGUGGGAGUGCCCUUGGCAUCAGUGUGAUGUGUGUGGCAAAGAAGCAGCUUCCUUCUGUGAGAUGUGUCCCAGGUCCUUCUGCAAGCAGCACCGGGAGGGCAUGCUCUUUAUCUCCAAACUGGAUGGACGCUUAUCGUGCACAGAGCAUGAUCCCUGCGGACCGAACCCUCUAGAGCCAGGGGAAAUUCGUGAGUAUGUGCCUCCCACAGUCCCGCCGGCUAGCCGUCAAAACACGCAGCCCUCUGACCAUCAGCCUGCAGCCUUGGGCCUCAGGCGUCCGCCUUCUGACAGGCUUCCUCUGGCCGUGGCCCUGAGGCUGCAGCCGUCGGACAAGCCCUGCUCCGCCGUGGCCCUGAGGCUGCAGCCGUCGGACAAGCCCUGCUCCGCCGUGGCCCUGAGGCUGCAGCCGUCGGACAAGCCCUGCUCCGCCGUGGCUCUGAGGCUGCAGCCGUCGGACAAGCCCUGCUCCGCCGUGGCUCUGAGGCUGCAGCCGUCGGACAAGCCCUGCUCCGCCGUGGCUCUGAGGCUGCAGCCGUCGGACAAGCCCUGCUCCGCCGUGGCUCUGAGGCUGCAGCCGUCGGACAAGCCCUGCUCCGCCUUGGCUCUGAGGCUGCAGCCGUCGGACAAGCCCUGCAACGCCGUGGCUCUGAGGCUGCAGCCGUCGGACAAGCCCUGCAACGCCGUGGCUCUGAGGCUGCAGCCGUCGGACAAGCCCUGCUCCACUGUGGCUCUGAGGCUGCAGUCAGAUAAACAACCCACCAUUGUAUCCCUGAGGCUUCAGCAGUCAGACAAGCCUCUUGCCACCACCGCAGGCCAGCAGCCUCCACCCUCAGAUGAGUCUCCUUCCGCUGCUGGAGCUCCUCCGCCUCCUCCCGCAGAUGAGUCUCCAACUAAGGGCCUGCAGCCUCUUCCCUUGGACGAGUCUCCCACCGCUACCCAGGUUCAGUGGCCUCAGCUGUUGGGCGAGUCUCCCGCCCUCGCUAGGGUCCCACGGCCUCAGCUGUUGGGCGAGUCUCCCAUCAAGGGCCUGCAGCCCCUGCUGUCAGAUGAGGCUCCCGCCGCUGGGGCCCUGCGGCGUCAGGCGUUGGACAGGCCUCCCACAGCUCCAAGGCUGCUGCUGUCUGAGAAAGCGCUGAGGCCCGGGGAUCAGCCAAAAGAGAGAGUAGUCGCAGCGGUGGAGCCGCAGCAGAAAGAGCGAACUUGUUUACCUGAGGAGCAGACCUCUCGGCCUGCAGGGAAGGCAGUGACACACGUGGGGCAGGCACCUCGGCCCAUGGAGAAAUUGCAGACCUAUGAGCCAAUCCACUGGCCCACUGUGGAAGCACUGACGCCUGCGGAGCAGUCCCCUCGCACCACAGAGAAAUUACAGACCCCUGAGCCGCCGACUCAGGCUGACCGGGAAGUGGCAUCAGCACCCACAGAGCAGAGCCCUUGGACCGCAGAGAGGUUACGUACAUUUGAACAGAUCCCCCGGCCUGCCAGGGAAGCACCAGUGCCCCCAGAGCAGGCUUCGUGGCUUGCCAGGAACAUUCAGACAUUUGAGCAGAUCUCUUGGCUCUCUGGAAAAGCACAGACACCCCUGGGGCAGGCCCCUUUGCCUGAGCAAAACAUAGUGCUAGUCCAUAACCAGGAUUCUCCCAGUCAGGAAUUGGCUGAAUCGAAACCGAAGUGAAGUCAGUGAAUGAGGCAGGCAGGUUGCAGUCGGUUUGUUUGGGGAGAGGGAUUUUCUUUGUUUUGUUUGUUGUUCACGUCCCUGAGCCCAGCCUCAAGCCCAGGCGCUCUCAUGACAUAAGCAAGGACGUUUACCUAAACCGGAGUGUGGCCCAGCCACGGAAAGUGAGCAUCAGCGACCUUUUCCUCUUCCUUUUAGAAACGGUAAUGUUGAAAUAAAGAGUCCACUCCGGAUAAAAUCUCUAAUUCCAUUGAAAUGGUCACGUUCCUGAUCUAGCGCGUCUGCAUCCACAAGGGCUUUCCCAAACAGCUAAGUGGCCCUGAGGAAGCAAUUUCCUUUCUCUUAACUGUUCUGAGUGGAAGCAGAACAACUAGUCUGAACUGGGAUCUCAGACGUUUCCAACGAUUAAAUGGUGCACAGAGUAAUUGGACACGUGUCUUUGCUAGACUCUGAAGAGGGGAAGGGAUUUAGCACUUGUGCUGCCCAAUUCUCCUUCCCCACAGGGUUUUCCUUUGCAAGUGUUUGCCUGAGUGUGCGCAUUGGUAUGUGUCACCAGUGCAAGGCUCACCAAAACACAGGUGCUGUUGUAAAAUGGCGGAGUCCCGUGGAGGAGCCUGCUCCUGCCAGACUGUACAGUUCAUUCCAGCGUGGGCAAGAGAACUGCUCCUGCGCAGGCCCUGUGAUUGGGGGUGGGGGGAGAAGGUCUCUGAAGAUACCAUCUGCCAGGAUUCUUACUCUUGGAUCUUAGCUCUGUAAUGUGGGACAGGCGGAAUUGCCACUGCACAUACAAAGCUGUGAGCUCCGGAGGCAGCUGUAGCAGGGUAGAGCGUGAGUAAGGAUGCCGAGCACGGCCUUUGUCAGGGUAGAGACGCUGCCCUCUGAACGCUCCAGGCAGUUCCUUCUUCACCUUGCUUGUUACCAUGAACUAGCAAACUAAAUAGUCUCUUCCUCCCCCAUCUCAACCACAUGCUUAGGAGUCCUGUUUGCAGAGUGGCUGGUAGCCCUAGCAGAGUGAAUUCUGUGGAAUUCACUCCAUAGUGCAGAGUCAAGAAGCUACUUCAGAAGGCAUGGUGUAUCCAGAAUGGAAAACCAUGUCAACACCCUUCCCCUUGGUUAGCCUCUGUAUUUCCAACCAAAAAUCCCAACAGGAGACUUGAAUUACCUGGACUAUGUUGAAGUGUUUGUGUGUCAGAAAACCAGCCCCUCAAGGUAAUAGUUCUCACACUGGAACACAAUGGCUCUAGUGCCUGGCUGGCCUCUCUCUCUCUCUUUUCCACUAAAGGUAGCUAUGCCUGGUGACUUGCCAGGCUGAUAUUCCGAAUAGACCUGAUGGAGGCAGUGACAUUACCUGCCUGCUAAGGCAGAAAUACACUCUGCUAUGGCACUGAUAAGUUGUGUGGUAGAAUUACAGGCAGGGACUUAGGAAGUGACGCUUGUGACCUGCGAAGGAGUGGCCGGGCAGUCUGCGUUCGUGCUGCCCACGGUUAGUGCAGUAUGCUGUGCCAUCGGGAAGCACUGUCUGAUCAGCACGGCCUCCCAACACAUUACUUACGUUACACACCUGAGCUCCACUGACCUGGGCAGCAGGAGUCCAGCUUCAGCCUGUGUCCCCCAUUGUUUCAGAGAGAGCAGUAGGUCUCUCCCCAGAGGGGGGAGCCCUAGUUCGAUACUAGCCCCUUUCCUCUGACUCGGGAACAGAUCAAGGCUGGCGUUCAGCUCGCAUGUUCGCACUGCUCCAAGAGAGGGCAAUAAUUAGCUUUGCGGGUUUCUGUGAUAGGGAGAGAGAUCUCUGUAACAAGGCAAAUCCUGCUCCAUUCUCCUUUCCAAAGUCAGCUCCCCAAGAGAGUGUCCCCUCUGGGCAGUGCUGUCGUGUGUCUCCUCUCCAGUCUGAAUCGCUUCAGACCCCUCUGUGUAGCUCGUGACUUGGAAAAGCUUUAUGGCUUAUGGAAUCUUAGUGUUUAGUGUUGUUUUUCCAUGAAGACCUGCAGGUCGGUCCCUGAUCUCUGCUGAGCUGGGGGAGAUGCAAGCAGCUAUUGUUUGCGUGACUCCUGCACGGAGGGAAUCAGGUUGUCUCCGCAGAGCCAUUGAGAGAGGAUAAACUAAGGGCAUUUUAUUAACUUUUUAAAAUAAAAACAAAAUUACAAAAAAAAAAAAAAAGGUAAUGAGGUUCCGUAUGUUAAGUAUUUAUCAUGUGUGAGAAGGAAAAUAAAUCUCUAAUUUACAUUGAUCGCCCUUCCCAUGAGCUGGACUUUGCCAUGUAGAUUGUGUGAGUAGGGUGUCCUCUGCGCCAGCCGCCCAGCCAGCGGAGCUAGAACAAGAAAAGAUAUCUGCACUGCUUUGUCCAACUCUGUUUUUGCAAUGUCAUGUGUUACCUAGUUAUUUGUUUCAUGAAAAAUAAACUGUGAAUAUUUUUGGUGCAGGCUAUUUUAAAUCUUUACAAUGGAGAAGUUCUCAGUGAGCGCAGGUUUGAAGAAUCAUUCUUCUAAAUCAUGUGUUUAAAUCUAGGGCGAGGUUCACAGCAGCAGAAUCCCUCCAGCACUCUCGGCAAUUAU